AUGUCGAUGUCAAAGAGUUCCAAGAUGCUUCAAUACAUCAAUUACCGAAUGAGGGUAACAAUCCAAGACGGUCGUCAACUCGUCGGAAAGUUCAUGGCCUUCGAUCGCCACAUGAAUCUCGUUCUCGGUGACUGUGAAGAGUUUCGCAAACUUCCUCCGGUGAAGGGGAAGAAAACGGCUGACGGAGACCGUGAAGAUCGCCGGACGCUGGGGCUUGUUCUACUUCGCGGUGAGGAGGUUGUUUCGAUGACGGUUGAAGGUCCUCCUCCGCCUGAGGAGUCUCGGUCGAAGGGUGUUAAUGCGGCUGCGAUGGCGGGUCCAGGAAUUGGGAGGGCUGCUGGGAGAGGUGUUCCUCCGGCGCCUGUUAUUCAAGCGCAGCCUGGUUUGUCUGGUCCUGUUCGUGGUGUUGGUGGUCCUGCUCCUGGAAUGAUGCAGCCACAGAUCUCGCGGCCUCCUCAGAUGUCUGCGCCUCCUGUUUCGUAUCCUGGUGGUGUGCCGGGGAUGCGUCCUCCGGGGCAGAUGCCGUAUCCUGGACAAGGUCCACCGAUGGCGAGGGGUCCUCCGCCACCUAUGCCGCCUGGACAGUUUCCUCAGAGACCUGGUGGUCCUCCACCACAAUUUUCCAUGCCGCCUCCUCAGUAUGGGCAGAGACCUAUGGGUCCACCUCCUCCAGGACAGAUGGUGAGAGGACCUCCUCCUCCACCUCGUCCGGGUAUGCAAGCGCCACCCCGUCCUGGUAUGCCUCCUCCUCCUGGAAGUGGUGUUCCGGUGUAUGGUCCACCUCGCCCUGGCAUGCCCCCACCACCUAAUGCUCCAAAUCAACAACAGCAAAAUUGA